AUGGCGGCUGGCAGCCCCAUAACCCCAAAGCCCUCUUAUGCAGCCACCCUAGCCGCUGAUUCCCCUCUCCAUUUUGCAAUAGCUGAUCUGCCAGCACCCUUCACAGAAGAUGGCUUGGUCUCUGUCCGUAUUUCUGAAGAGCCAUUCCUCUGGGGACUUGAUCGCUGCAAGACCAAUCUGAUCGGUCGCGCCACUGUACCAACCAAAACUCCAGAAUUGGUUCAGCAACUGAAAUCGCUUUGGUCUAAUCUCAAUCCUUGGACUGUAGCGCCGCUUGGACGUGGAUUUUUCAUGCUUCAGUUUAGCAAUUUGAUUGACAUGCAACGAGUUUGGUCCUUGGGUUCUAUCCGUCUCAGCUCUGGGAUGCUUCGCUUAAUCAAGUGGUCGCCUGACUUCUCUCCAAUAACGUACAAAAACUCCUUUGCCCAAGUAUGGAUUCGCUUGUGGGAUUUGAGUUUUGCAUACUGGGAUCAGCAAACCCUUUUCGAAAUUGCUUCAGGGAUUGGUACUCCUUUGAAGCUCGAUCCCCGUACAAAGAAUCGUACGAAUGGUUUAUAUGCCAGAAUCCUAGUUGAUGUAGACUUCUCGCAAUCGCCUCCGGAUAAACUUAGAAUAACUCGAGCCAAUGGUGAAGUGGUAAUAGUUAGAGUUGAAUUUGAAUCAGUGCCGGCUGUUUGUAGUAAGUGUGGGAUUGUAGGCCAUGUUGCUUCCUCUUGUCAGGUUAUUCAGGAGGCUAGUGUUGAUAUACCAACUCUGCGAGGACGGUUAGUAGAGCGGACUACUCGCAGGCGCCGUAAAGUUAGAUCACGUAAGAGCAAGCAGCGUGACUCUGGCCAAGCCCCUAUAUGUUCGCAAUCGGCACAACCAUCUGAGCCAAGGAAAACUAUUGCAGCUGAUUCUGCUGCAGUCCCAAUAUCUACAUCAACGCAGGUUGUAAUCCCAGGCUUUGAAUCCCUACCCUCUAUGCCGGAUGCGCGCACCAUUGCCCAUGUUUCUCAGCACAAUGCCUUACAGCAGACUGAACAGAUUAUUGAGCCGUCUGCAGAACCCAUUAGGGCUCAAGCAGUAGACGCACAAAUGCAAAGAGUAGAGGAAGUGCAGGCCUCCUCCUCGCUAAGUGUGCCUCCAGGUUUUCAAAGAGUUUUGCCGGGAACAGAACAAGAGUUGGUUCCCCUGGAUGAAGUGAGUUCUGCCUGUGUCCAUACCGUGGAAGUGGAAGAGGGAGAGUUCACUCCAGUCAUCUCCAAGAAAAGCAAAAAAUUGCAGAAAUAUGAGGCAGUCUUGAAGCCUAAGGCAGGUAAAGCAACGUCAGUUUGUCCUCUCUACAAGGGGGCAAAGCAAAAGCUUUAUAAAUGA